AUGUCGAUGGAGGAGACAGAUUGCUGGACAAUGACGAUGGAGGUAAUAGCCAUCAUGACAACCAGACAUAAGGCAAAACCAAACAAAGAGACCACAUGUCUCUCAAGCAUAAGGAAUAUCUACCAUGUAUUGGACAGAGUGAAACAAAGAUUGAGGUUGCCGUGUACAUCUUGUCUUGCAAACAUUCCAAGUGACAAUGCUCUUGGUAUAGAUAUCUAUGAUCGAUAUGUGAAUGUUACAAGUCAGUAUUGA